AUGAUGACUUAUAAUGAAAUUCUGGGAAUAGUACAUCUGCAAGUAGCAGGAAUUGGAUUGCUAGGGAACUGUAUCAUUCUAUUCCUAAAUAUCCAGAAUUUCAUCACUAUUCACAGGAUAAAACCUAAAAACCAAAUUAUCAGCCAUUUGGCUUUUUCCAAUAUCAUUUUGCUUCUCUUUGGAGGAAUAACCAAUGGAACACGGAUUUGGAGAUUGAAAUGUUUACUGGAAGAGCUGGGAAUUAGAAUCAUAACAUAUUGGCAGACAAUGGGUCGAGGUCUCUCCCUAGGUAGCACCUGCCUCUUGAGUGCCUUCCAGGCCAUUACCAUUAGUCCCAACAAAUCUAGAUGGGAACAGCUCAAAAUCAGAUCACCAAAAUGCAUCACUCAGUGCAUUCUUCUUUGCUGGGUAUUCAAUCUACUUUUAGAUAUGAUUGUAUUUUUCUGCCCAAUUACCCCCCAAAAUAGCACAGACAGUAAAUAUGGAUGCAACACUGGAUAUAGGAUCCUAGAUAUAAAUAAUGAGAAUCAUGUAAAAAUCAGAAUGAUUUCAUGUGUCCAUGAUUGUUUCUUUCUGUGUCUCAUGACUUGUUCUAGUGUCUACAUGGUUGUAAUACUGUACAGACACAAGAGGCAUGUCAAUCAUAUUCAUAAUAAUAAUAGAUCCAUAAAAAUAUUGCCUGAAACAAGAGCCACUCAAAUGAUCUUGCUUCUAGUGAGUGCCUUUGUUUUGUUUAACAUAUUCAGUCCUGUCUUUAUGCUGUAUAUGUUCUAUUUUAAAAACCAAAACACUUGGAUAAUACCUACCUCAGUCUUUCUCUCACUGGCUUAUCCAACAGUCAGUCCUUUUCUUCUGAUCAGCAUUAACAACCGGAUUCCCAAGACUUAUGUUCUUUGA